AUUUCGUGUUAUUUUGUUUGUUUCGUCUUCAAACUUUUCUGUGGUUUCCACUCUUUGGAGCUGAAUGUGAGAGCAAUACCUCUUCGUACCCACUCUGACUCUACCGGCUGAUUAUCAUUCAAAUAGUAUUAACUGGUAAUUCAUACUUGUGUAACAAAAGUUGUAGAAGUUAUCCAAUUACAGCGAGGCUUUUAAUGCUUGUUAAUGCGUAACUGAUCCAGUGUCCAGCCUGCGUCUUUUGGAGAUCAUCGUGCGCUCUCUCCUGGAUUUCCCGGGACAUUGUUCUCUCUUUCAGCAGAGGAGCGGAGCGCUCAGAGCAUACAUGGGGGUUUUGGAUGCUGUGUCUGCUCGGCUGGCACCUGUUGCUGCUUCAUGCUGCUUCAUGCUGCUUCAUUAUUUCAAGCUUCGAUCUUUUGAGGAUUUCAUUACAGCAUCGUCAUCCUCACAUCAGCAACCAUGUCGGAGCCAGAAAGUGACUCCAACUUCAGCCGGUACUAUUUCGACAAUCCCUCAACCAGAAUUCAGAGCAGCUUCGUAUCCUCAGGACCUACGUUUGUCGUUUUGAUGGUGAUGAUGGUGACUUUGGUUGUAGUGAUAGUUCUGGGCAAUGCGCUGGUCAUUUUGGCCUUUAAAGUGGACAAGAGUUUGAGAAAACAGUGCAAUUAUUACUUCCUGAAUCUGGCAAUAUCAGAUUUUCUUGUGGGGGCAUUUUGCAUCCCAGUCUACAUCCCAUACAUCCUCACAGGAAGGUGGAUGCUGGGCAGAGGACUGUGUAAGCUGUGGCUGGUCAUGGACUACCUGCUUUGUUCUGCGUCUGUUUUCAAUAUUGUUCUCAUCAGCUAUGAUCGCUUCCUGUCAGUCACCAGAGCAGUGAGUUACCGUGCCAGGCAGAGCAUGACUCAUCGAGCCAUAAUCAAGAUGAUUGCUGUCUGGGUGCUGGCCUUUGUCCUGUACGGCCCAGCCAUCAUAUUCUGGGAGCUGGUGGUGGGCAGGAGCCGCGUGCCAAAGGACGAGUGCUUCGCCGAGUUCUAUUACUCUUGGUACUUCCUGCUGAGUGCCUCCAUGCUGGAGUUUUUCUCUCCUUUCAUCUCUGUGGCGUUCUUCAACCUCAGCAUUUACCUCAGCAUACGCAGGAGGAGGCUCCACAGCAGGGAUGCACAGCUCCAACUUCAACUGAGCGAACCAGCCUCCGCCCAGGGGGAAGGUGUCCCCCUGUCCCACAACAUGGGCUUUGGGAUGAAACUGACUGUAAGAGGCUCCAUCCACUCUCAGACCUCCUCUCCCAGCUCGGGUAAACUCGAUCCCUCGACCAGCAGGGCGGCCCAACCCAGCCGUCUGUCCAGGGAUAAGAAAAUUGCUAAGUCCCUGGCUGUCAUAGUGUGUGUGUUUGCCAUCUGCUGGGCACCGUACACCCUACUGAUGAUCAUCCGCGCUGCCUGCAGAGGGCGGUGCAUCCAGCAUCACUGGUACGAGGUCACCUUCUGGCUCCUGUGGCUCAACCCUGCCAUUAACCCAUUCCUUUACCCGCUUUGUCACAGCAGCUUUCGCAGGGCCUUCAGCAAGAUCCUGUGCCCGAGGAAGCGUACAACUCCGGCAUCAACUGUGAUUCGUGCUGGACAGUGAGAACAGAGUAACAUGGAUGGACAGGGAAUGUGGACCAUGUGCCAAAGUUAUGGAUGAAGGCAUUCAAAAUAAAAGGCAUGAAUUCCACAGUUUUAGAGCUUAAAGCUAAACUGUAAAAAAAACAUGGAGGUUUUUUUUUGUUUGUAGGUCAGUGUUUGGUUUUGUGAGGGUGUUACUGUGCAGUAAAAUGUAAUCGUUGUCAAUCUUGUCACUGUGUUUACAACAGAAGAAUUAAGCAUAAGGACAACAAACUUGAAAUUAUAAAUCCUACUUAAGUUUUUACGUUUCUAAGUCUAACAAUGCUGCUCUGUUUAUCUAAUAGCAAAGAAAUAAACAGCAAAAGAUUCAGACAGAACCAUCUCUUCCAAACUGUCUAUAAGUACUGUCUAGACAAUAUAACAAUAAAGGUCUGCCAGCUGUGAACUAUAUAUGUAUCUGUAGAAUUAAUGUAAAAAAAAAACUUUUUACUUGUCUAAACAUCACUUCCAUCGUCCAGUUAUAGGUUGUGUGACAUGUACACUGCAAAAAAUGAUGUUUCACUAGACCUGUAUUUGUCUUGAAUGGAUAGCGUUCAGACUAGAAGGUAGUUCAUGGAUAAUGUGCUUUAGUCUGUCAUGUUAUUUAGCUUGUAUGUUACAUUGAAAACAGAUCAAGUUUACUACUUUUUAUAUUUUGAAAGUACAGUGAAAAAUAAAACAAGGUGCCAUUACAUGUGAGUAAGAUGAAAUGCAUUACUUAAGUUUGAUUUUUCUCUCUUUUUGUGGCAUAUCUUUAUAAUAUAGAUGAGCAAUGUAUUUCUCUGCACACUGAGUUCGGUGACUUUAAACUGUAAAACAAUACAGAACACAGAUGAAAACACAUGUUUAUUUCUGAAUGUUAUUACACAAUAUUUUAUUUAAAUGAUAUAUGUUGCUUGUGUUACUGCUCAUUUUGACUUUAUGUAAGAGAGACACAUUAUGUUUACAAGUAAUGCCAAAACAUUUUAUAUUACUCUGAUCAGUAGCUGUAUGUAUACAAAUGUGCCACUAGAUGUCACCAUUAACCUUCUCAGCUUCUGUUUGUGCAGCACUGAACUCCGUUUCAUCCUGAAGUGGACUCAAUCUGUGAGAUUGGCCGUGGUUUCCAUGAACUGUUUUUAUAUUACUGAUUGUGUUUAAAUUGAUUGUGCUAUAUACUUGCCAUAUUUUUGCACCAGAACCCAGACUGCAACAGAGAAAUGUAAUAGUAACAAAGUGGUUAAUAUAAUUAAAUGGAAGUCUUGUUACAUUAUU